ACACUCUGGAAAAUGUACCAAAAUUUGCUAGUGUGUACCCUUUUUUUAUUUUUCUCUUUUUUCUCUCUCCUUUCACACUCAAUUUUCUCCUAUAACAAAUAAUGGUGACAAAAACCCAGGAAUCUAGUGCCUUUUAACUCCUGAAAAGCCCAGGUUUUUAGAGCUGUAAGAGAAUGAAAUUUAAUGUGGGGAUCAAAGAAUUAAAAGGUACUCAAAAUGAAAGGAAAAAUAAAGCAGCAAAUUGGGUUUAAAAAGUCUUAAACUUUCACUGAAUUCCAGGACAAAACUAUCAUGUUCUUUUCCACUCAUAAUCUGUCAUUUCUGUUAAAGUUUUCUGUAACUAAUUUCUGGUAAUUUAAUGUCAGAUUAUACUGUUUGAGUACUGAGAUACCCUGCAUCACAGUUGAAGCAAUUAGUCCUUGGUUCCUUUAUUGUUGUUGUUUUGUUGAAUUUCGACGGCAAUGAAGCAAAUUCUUGGUAAUGGAAGAGAAGGGUGUGUCAAAAUCAUGUGAUUUUGUAUCUGAAGUUAGAGAUGAUAGUUUAUGUGCAAUGUACUUUGGUAUAUCUUGUGCCUUUUAUGCUCUUAAGAAGUUGUCAAGUGAAAAACUGGAUGAUGAAUUGAGGGAAAAGAUGCUGCAAGGGAGUGUUAAUCUGUUGGGAUUGCUGGUGUGGAGGAGAGUGCAGGAGGGAGAGGAAUCGAAGAGGAUUGAAAAACAUGAGCUUCGUCGUAAGCUUGAGGCUGCUGAGAGGGAGAUCAUGGAGUUGAAGAAAGCAAGAAGUGAGGAUGCUAAAGCUAAUGAUAAGGUUGCUAGUAUUUAUGCUGCACAAGAGCAAGGCUGGUUUGCUGAAAGGAGGAGGCUUAGGCAUCAGGUUGAGAGUCUUUUGAAUGAUUUACGAAUUCUUGAUAAACGAAAGAAUGAAGCUAUUGCUGAUUCGGAUAGGAAGCUUGGGGAAAUGGAAGUUUUGGUUAAGUCUAAGGAGAAGGUGUUGGAGGAAGACGAGAAGAAGAGGAACGAGUUGGAAGAGAAAUUGAAGUCUACUGAGGCUGUUCUAAAGGAAUUGAGAGAGGCUAAUAAGAAUAAAGCUCAAGAUCAUUCGACUGAGCUUUUGAAGCAUAAGACAGCUUUCAUUGAGCUUGUGUCUAACCAAAGGCAGCUAGAAGCUGAGUUGAGUAGGACGCUUAGGCAAGUGGAAGCUGCUAAGCAACAACUUGAAUCUCUGUUCGAUGAAAAGGAAGAGGCGGUGUUGAUGGUAGAAGAGUUAGCAGUGGAGCUUCAGAAAACGCGCAAAGAAUCAGAGCAAAAAGAUAAGAUUUUAUCAGCACUGAUGAGGAGAAUAAAGGUGGACUCACCUGAGAUUCUGAAAGAGGUCAAGUUAUUCAAACCCAAAAGGAAAAUUGGUGAAAGAAAAACAGAAAGGUUGGGAAGUUUUCCUAGUUCAAGAAGUGAAAGACACACAUUGAGAAAUUUGCUGUCAAGGCAAGUCAGUUCGAAAUUGUUAGAGGCUUUUCCGGCUGAUGAGAACAGAGAAGGGAGCACCAAAUCAGAGCUACGCAAGGCGGUUUUUGAUGAAUUGGAUGCUGAAGUCAGAAAAGAAAUUGAAGAUAGUUAUUCUGCACAGACUGAAAAACGAUUUCCUGAAGAACAUACUGAGUUUCAUGAAGAAACGCGGUUGGAUGAAUGGGUUCAUGCUGAGGCAGAAAAGUAUCAUAACGCAGUUGAGCAGAGGCAUCAGCUAGAGUUAGAUGCUUUGGAAGAGCAAAUACGGAUGAAGGAAGAUAAACUAGAAGCCUUCCGAUGGAAGCUACUGAGUGCAGAAGUAGAGACAAAGAGUUUGCAGUCGAAAACAGAAGACCACAAUCAAGAAUUGUCCCAACUCCGGGAUGAUAACUUGAGAUUGGAGUCCUUGUUGGCAGACCGAGAAGUAGAACUUAAAACUUUCAAGGAUCAGGUUUCAAUGCUAUUGAGCAAAUUGAGUGUUCAAAAGGCAAGAAAACAUUCAUCUAGGAGGAAUCUUCCGAUAGAUGAUGAUAAUGGCUGGUCUAAGUUUAAAUUCACAAAGAAAAAACUAGAUGAGAAGGACCAAGAACCAAAGAAGUGUAUGGUGGAAGAAGAGACUAAGAAACCAGUGGAACGAGACUCUUCAUCGAAACAUACCUCUUCAACCUCUUUCUCCUCCACUGAAGACAUUGAAGAGAAACACAUUCUAGAAGCAAAAGUGUGCUUGAACAAGGUUAAUGCAUCUCCCUGGAAAGUAGAUCUUCAUGCCUUGGGAGUUACUUAUAAGAUCAAGCGGCUAAACCAGCAGCUGCUUAUGCUUGAAAGAUUAACAGGAAAUCAAGAAAGCAAUGAAUUUAAGAGUUUUAAAACGCUGCUUUCUUUGCUUAAAAAGCAAGUGAGCAGGUAUCAAUCUCUUCAAGAGAAGACCGAUGACCUUAGCAAGCGGAUGGAAGAUAAGGAUUUAAACUUAAAACAAAGGGUAUCAAGUUCCAAAAGAACAAAGGAGGAGACAAAGAAGCUUGAGCACUUCCUCGAGGAGACAUUUCAGUUACAGAGAUUUAUAGUUGCGACAGGGCAAAAACUGAUGGAAGUGCAGUCCAAAAUUGCUGCUGGAUUUGUUGCUGGGAUCACUAGUAAGCUUGACGGGCCUGAUAAUUUUGAUAUGAAGCGAUUUGGUGAUACAAUGCAGUGUCUCUUUAAGGAUGUUCAAAGGGGUCUUGAGGUCAGGAUGUCUCGACUUAUUGGUGAUCUUGAAGGCACAUUAGCUUAUGAGGGAAUUAAUUUUCUGAAGUAAUGACUUCAGAAUCUGAAAAAAAAAAAAUAAAAAAAAAUCAGGGUUUUUAGCUUUAUGUGAAAAACAUUGAACGUAUAUUCUUACAAUCAAUUGAUGCAACAAGAAAAGAAGCCUUAUGUUCUUAUGUGACUGUAGUUUGUACAUAAACAGCUAUCCAAAAUAAUACAGUAUACUUAAUAAAAAUAUACUUCUGUGUUUGUUUUAUACUGCUGCAGAUCAGAUAUUUGGAGAAUCUAGUUAUUUAGCCGUAUUUUGGUAGUUUUCAAAACAUUCUUUGCAGAACUUGUUUUGGAUUUGUCAGCUGUAUCAGUCAUAAUA